AUGAAAGAGAACCCUGACUCCCAGAGGAAAAAGAAAUCACAGGAAAAGGAACUGACAGAAAGGGACAUGGGACCUGUGAAAACAAGGGAAAUUAAGAGAAGCCCUAGUGUCCUUGCUCAUACCACAAAUAUCCCUCGAGUUCAUUGGGGCAAGGUUAGAUACUAUGAUGGGCAGGGCCUACCUUCCUUUGGAAAGAUUCUACAAAAUACAGAACCUUACGCAGACACUUUCUAUCAGUCCCAAGGUGCCGAUACAUACCUGUCUGCAACUUAUGGGAAAAAUGGACAUACGUGGUUAAAUACCAUGAAACAGUACUGGAGGAGAACAAAGAAUGAAAGUUGUAUCUCUCGGAAAAAUCAAGUUCUAUCUCUAAGAAAAAUACUCAAAAAACCUAACUGUAAAUGGAAGAGGAUUAUCACUACAAAUACUUUACAAGGAAUAAAAGACAGAGAAGAACAUCAAACCUGGUACUUGAAAAUAUCGAAGUUGGCACUGGCUUUAGCGAUUAUUCACUCUAAACCUCUAGAAAAAAGCAGCAAAGAAUACACAGAACAUCUUGCCAAAAUUAUUUCUGGACAGGAUUUUAAUUGGAGAUCAAAAGUUGAAGCAUUAGAAGCUGAAGUCCUUAGGUUACGUCAGGAACUUCUUUUGAACAAGAUCUGUCCAAGAUUCUGCUUGGAAAACAGAAACCCAGAUGCCUUUACUGAAAUUUUGUUGGAUCAGGAACCUAUAAACUCUAUAAAUGACUCAAGCCAGCUAGAAGAUUCUGGAUGUGAUGUAUCUAGUGACUGUUUAUUUGAUACUAUAGACACAUCACAUAACUUGGGGCACUCUGAGCAUAACUGUAACACUUCAUUGUCUACAUUUAAUUCCGAAAUACUUCCCAUAUUGAAUACUCAUUGUACUAGCAAGGAAAAAACUUUGGCUUCUCACAUGCAGUUCUUGCAACAUCUCCUUGAACUAAGAAAACUGACAGAAGCAGGAGGUCAAACAGUCUUUACAAAGCUUGAAAGCGACUCCGGCACAAUAUCAAAUUCUGUCUCUCGAUUGCUUGAUGGUCUACUUACUUUUUACAAGAAUCCUAAAUUUCCUGUCUCAAAUUUUCUGACACAAGCAGUUUCUGUUUUGAUCAAUUUAAUAACUGAUACAGAUUUAUCUAAUCAUGUUCUGAAAAAGUGUUUUGAGAAGUUAGAAGAAUUUAACAGAAACCUAGUUCAGAUUAUUUUAAGCAACAGCAAUUUCAAUAGGUUUCAGGUGCAGUAUUCCAUAUCACACACCCUUGUUUUGCUGGGAAGGUGCAACCUGUUAAGAAAGUCUGUAAUAUCUCUGCUGUUAUCUGAAGUAAAUCAAUUUGCUGAUGAGUUGCAGCAAACCCACCAGAUUGAGGCCAAGUAUAAUGUUACCCAGUAUGAGAAUAUUUUUUCUCUCUGCAUGAUUUUGGAACAACUUCUUCAGAGUGAGACAGAAGGUAACAUUUCGAGCUUGGACUAUGAUGGAGAAGAAAAAAACAAAUUUCUGCAUAACCUUGAUCAAAUUAUUCUCCAUCUUGCAGAUGAUUUCCCAUUGUUUUCUGUAUAUAUAUGGAGAUUGGGUGCUCUUUUGAACUCAUCUCAAAUGCAAAUUGUUUAAAACAGCCAGGCUGCUUUCAAGCUCUAUAUUCAUUAUAGUUAUGGACAACUAGAGCAUAAAAAUGGUUACUAUUGAAAGACAUUUAUUUUUAAUGAUUAUACUAAACACCAGUAUCUAAGAUAAUGUGAUUGUUUUCCCAUUCUUCGUGUAGAAAAGAGUGAUAUCUUAAAUGUCACUGGUUGUUGUAACCGUAGAUAAAUAUUGGCUUUUACUACGUAAAAUAUUAUAUACUAUAUUAUCUACAUCAAUAGAAUUUGAACAACAAAGCCAUUUUAUGUGAUGUUUAGAAUAAGUAAGUAAAAUUAACUUUUAGAUUAAGUCCAAGAUUUUUUUUUGAAAUUGUUCCUCCAGUUAGCCUUGUGAAUCCAUAUUAGGCACAUACAUAAGUGGCAAUGACUUUUAAAAGUGCUGCUCAUUCAGCAUUUCGUAUAUGCUUCCAUGAUAAUCGGGCUAUAUUUAGACUCCAGUCCUCUCUCAAAAG